GGCGGGGCUCGAAGGGUUCGCGGAGGGGAGCGGUCGCCGUGGGGGGCUCCGGUGCGGCGGAGGCGGCCCGGCGCGCCCUGGCGCGAGGAAAGGCGUGGCACUUCGUCGCCCGUGCUGGGAGCCCCCGGGGAGCGCCGUGAGGCGGCGCCCGGUGCCGGGGGGCUCUCCUCACACGCAGCCCCUCGCCGCCUUCCUCCCGCUGCCCGGGGAGCGGAGCGCAGGGCGCCGUCCCCGCGGGUCCGUCAGCCGCUCGCCGCGCGCCUCCUCGCCAGGCGGAGAGCCGCGCCCCUCAGCGCCGGGCAGCUCUGAGCAGGCGGCAGCGCGGCGUGCCCGGGGCUCGCAACCGGCACCCCGGUUUGGGGUGGCAGGCACACCUGCACGGCUCGGGAGCCCCGGCCCGGUCAGCCGCGGCCUCACGAGGGGCCUGGCGGCUCCCGCUGCCCUGCCGCCCCGCGUGCGUCUCCCCUCAGCAGGGUUUCCUUUCAGCGGUGCUUCCCCUCGGGGCUCCCGCUGAGGACCGGGGAAGCGUUGGUUCUUUGCUCUGCCCCCAGCGCUGCGCUCUGGCUCCGCUGCCCUGAGAAGCCGCCUCGAGCGGUUCUGCAGCCGCUGCGCUCUGUGACUCGCAGCUGUCAGCGCCGCGCUUCGGUGCUCUGCGUGCAGGCUGGCUGCUGGGAGCGGGUGCUCACGCGUGUUUCAUUGUUGUACAAUUAAAGAGCGCAUCUUUGAGGAAGGGAAGCGUGGAACCUCAACUUCUCAUUGAGCCGAUUCAUAAACAAGGAAGAAGAGUGGUUGGGAAGAUGAAGUUGGCUUUGGAAAUUCACCCCAACGCUCUGGCGUACUCCAUGACCACGUUAGGUGCUGGAAUGAUGAACAGUAUCUUUAAUUUCUACUACGUCAAGCUUUUCCUAAACCGAUACAGAAUUUCGGAAGUGGCGUUUCAUCAAGCACAGGUUGUAUUUAUGAUAUGGAACGCCAUUAACGAUCCUCUUUUUGGCUAUAUUCAAGAUAACUCCAAAUUGGCAUGCUGCUCAAGACGCCAGUUUUCGAUUCUGUACGGGGCUCCGUUAUACGCAUUAGCCUUUUUGCUUCCUUGGUUUCCUUGGAAACAUUAUGAAGAAGGUGACUGGCUAAGUGGUCUUCACCUUAUUGUUGCGUUAUGUGCUUUUGAUGGUUUGCUUACUUUUGUGCUGCUAGCACAGUGCGCGCUCUUUGCAGAAAUUUCAACAAGACAUGAAAGCAGGCUUCAGCUUAUAAAAUACAACCAAGUAGCAACAUUAAUCGGAUCAACAAGCGUCCUCUUUUGUGGCCUGAUAUCAGAUAAUAUGGAAAACUUUGCUUAUUUUCAGGCUUUUGCUGUUUUGAUUGCAGCAUUAGCAACAGCUUGUAUGUAUUACACAGGCAAAUACAGCACUAGUCAGUAUGAGCAGAGAGGGAUUCUUACUGAGAAUGCUAAUCGAGAAAAUGGUGACAGAGCUCUCUCCUGGUGCUCCGUAAUAUCAUUGACCAAACAGAUUAUGACAGAGAAAAACUUUUUAUUUUUCGUAACUAUGAACUUCUUCCAAGUUUUCCACUUGGCGUUCUGCAACAAUUUUAUGAUGAUCUUUGCGGAUAAUCUCAUUCCUCAGGAUGUCCUUUCUUCUUCAAUAAGAAGCAUCAUGUAUGGAGCAGGCUUUAUUUGUCCUCAGUGCCUCGUUCUUCUCAGUCAUGCUUCGUUGAAGAAGUUUGGUUAUUACAGAAUCAUCUUGUUUUCCUUUUACUUUGAAGGAGUAGCUGCUGCUGUCAUGUUUGUUCUAGGACCAGAACAUUAUUAUCUCUUGGCAUUUUAUCUCACAGCAAACAUGGUAGUUGUACAAGCUGCAUUUAGUUUGUUCAAUUUGCCUUUGGCGGAUAUUGUUGAUGCAGAUUUAAUCAAGCACAAGCGGAGGUCACCACUUUCCUCUAUGGUUUUUGGUACCAAUGCUUUAUUUACCAAGCCUGCCCAGUCUUUGGCUCCAAUGCUUGUGGUUACAAUACUGAAUCAGUUUGGUUAUGAGAACUUGAAUAAUGAAGUUGCUCAGCCUGAUCUAAGUCUGUUUUUAGGUCUUCAUGAUGCCAUGUUCUAUUUGAUCUGUCUGGUUCCGCUUUGCAUUGCAGUCGUACAGAUCCUGACGUGGACUCCCUUUUCAAUCCAGAAUAGUCAUAUGACAGCUGCACACUAAAUAUUUAACAGUUGGUCAUUAAAUCAUCUGAUGAACCAUACCACAAAAGACUUAGCAUAUUUUGAAUGUGAAAAAACAAGAUUGCCUUAAGUGGACUGUUAGACCAAAUACAGUUUGAGCCACUUCAAUAACAUUGCACCCUUCUCUGUAAUAGAAUGUAACAAUUCACAUUCAGCCUUAAUGAUGAGCCUAUGAUGAGGGGUUUUUGAGUUCAGUUAUUUGAAUGUAUUGUGCUUUAUCCAUAAUUACUACUGAAGUCAUUUCUGGUAUAUACUGGUCACUGUUAUCUCCUUUGAAGAAUGGAUGUGGCAGAUCAGGUAGGGUUAUCCCAGCUCAGCACUUGGAAUUCAAGGGAUGUAUGUUCUUAAACUUACUGAAAGGUGGUGGAUGAAUUCUGCCAUACCUGAUAAAAUGUCAGCUCUCUGGGGUUAGUCCGUAAGAGCCCAGAAGGACAUCCCUCAGGGAUGGCAGAGAGAUGAAGAAAAAGAUGUUGAUGGUGUCCAGCUGACCAGUAUCAAGACAAAUCUGCCAGCUGCUACAGGAAGAGACAACAGUAAUUAACCACCCUGUAAAAAUCUAUGUAAAACUAAGCAAGAAAAAGAUUAAAAUGUUAUUCAAUUAAGUGUUAUGGAAAAGGCUCCAUACUUCCUCUUUGGCUUUCAAAAUGUCUGCAGUUGGUGGCAGGUAGAUGUAGUUUCCUGGCUUUUUGAAUGGGAAAACUGCUUUGAGGUACAAUAUUGUUUUUACAAAAUGUCAUUGUGAUAAGAAAAAUGUUCACAUAUGGAUAUAGCAGUGUUCAGUUAGAUGGGACGAAUCUUAGUACACACAUUAAAUCAAACUCUACCUGCUUUGUUGUUGUAGACUGGCAAAUGCAUCUGUUGUGCUCACUGUUGAAUUUAAUUAGUUAAUGAUUCAUCCAGUUGAUGUUAAUUUCUGAUUUAUCCUUGCCAAAAUCUUUUCAGUCAAGUUUUCAAAUGGAUCCUGUGAUUUUUAUAGAAUAAAGUUCUUUUUUUUAUACAAUUUCGGAAA